AUGGAUGUUUCACAGUUUUUGAAUAAUGUGGAAAACGAUGAUACUUUGCAGAACAUUAGGAAGGAGUAUCUGAACUCGAAAAGAACAUUGCAAGAACUUAUGACGAACCAGAGUCCGACCAAAAAAAUGGAGUUUUCAAAGAAACCAACACUGCUGCAAGAACGAAACAGCAACGAUUACAUUAAUAGAAAUGUCAACAGUAGUAAACCCACCGACGAUGAGUUUCUUCGACGCCAAUUAAGGGAAGGUCUAUCCAGGAAACCGGAGCCAAAGAUUAGUUUACCUUCGUUAGCCUCUGAUACAAAUAGGCUAGAUAGUAUAUACUCUAGCGUUAAUAAGAUUGAUGAACUAGAGAAAAAGUUAUACCAUCAUGAACUACAAAUACAAGCUCUCAAAAAUGAACUGUACCAAUCAAAUGCUUCCAACAGAGCCUUGCAAAAUAAAGUGGCUGAGUUGCAAGAUAGCGUAAGAAUGCUAGCGGCACUUAGUCAUAGCAAUGUUAAAGCGGAUACGGAUAAUUCUCAAUUGUCUGCCAACGGAAAGUGGACUAGACAUUAUGCGGGACCAAACAGUAACGGGAACGGUGUAUACCUUGAUAGACCCCAAAGUGCUCCUUCCACUUCAAGUACUUCAGAGUGGGUAGCGAACGCUUUGCAUGAUUCUGAUGAUACUAGAGUGCUUCUAGGAUGGAAACAGCCGUCAUCUACUAGAGUUGAUAAUUCCAGCAACUUUCACUUCCCACACAAUCAGCCCAGAAAUUUAUCCAACUUUGACGACAACACAAGCAGAUUAAUAGGUGUCACUGGGAAAACCAGAAACUAA